AUACCCCUAUUUAGUUGUAUGUAUUGUGUGAUAUGACGUCUGUCUGGGGGCGGGGGUUGGCGGGCGACGUUUUGGAUGUUGAAGAGCCACAGCCUCAUUGAGCAGAGAUUGUCCCGCCGCUUGAUUUGGUGAUUUCUCUUAACGGUCCGCCUCCGCGUGUGUGCAGCGGACUUUCUUUGUCUCUGAACAACAAAGUGAGCCGAAUUUCCGUCAUGGCGAGGCUCGUCCUUUCCCUCCUGCUCCUGUGCGGAUGCCGAAAUAGUCGCUGCCUGUCCUCCACGGCGGCCCAGAAGGAGGGAGCGGUCCAGAAGGAGGCGGCGGCCCAGAAGGAGGCGGCGGCCCAGAAGGACGACAACAGCACAGUGUUCACCAGGAUCCUGGACGGGCUCCUGGACGGCUACGACAACCGGCUCCGGCCAGGACUCGGAGAGAACGUGACGGAGAUCAAGACGGAUAUUUUUGUCACCAGCUUCGGCCCGGUGUCCGACACGGAGAUGGAAUACACCAUCGACGUCUUCUUCCGCCAGAGCUGGAAGGACGAGCGUCUGUGCUUCAAAGGGCCGAUGGAGAUGCUGCCGCUGAACAACCUGCUGGCGAGCAACAUCUGGACCCCCGAUACCUUCUUCCUCAACGGCAAGAAGUCGAUCGCCCACAACAUGACCACGCCCAACAAGCUGCUGAGGCUGCAGGAAGACGGCACUUUGCUCUACACUAUGAGACUGACCAUAUCAGCCGAGUGCCCGAUGCAGCUGGAGGACUUCCCCAUGGACGCACACGCCUGCCCUCUCAAGUUUGGCAGCUAUGCCUAUCCGGUGUCAGAGGUGGUUUACACUUGGACUAAGGAAGCUGCUCAUUCCGUGGUGGUGGCCGCGGACGGCUCCAGGCUCAACCAGUACCAUCUCAUGGGGCAGAACGCCGGCACAGAGAACAUACACACAAGCAGAGGGCAGUACACAGUGAUGAUGGCCCACUUCUACCUGAAGAGGAAGAUUGGAUAUUUUGUCAUCCAGACCUACAUGCCCUGCUUCAUGACUGUAAUCCUGUCCCAGGUGUCAUUUUGGCUAAACAGAGAAUCGGUUCCGGCGAGGACCGUCUUUGGGGUGACCACUGUGCUGACCAUGACCACCCUCAGCAUCAGUGCCAGGAACUCCCUCCCUAAAGUGGCCUACGCCACGGCCAUGGAUUGGUUCAUUGCCGUCUGCUACGCCUUCGUCUUCUCCGCCCUCAUCGAGUUCGCCACUGUGAACUACUUCACCAAGAGGAGCUGGGCCUGGGACGGCAAGAAGGCUCUGGAGGCCCAGCACCCUAAGAAGCGAGACCCUAUGGUGCUGUCCAAAAAGCCCAACAACGUGUGCUCGGCGGGCGUCAACUACACACCCAACUUCACCAAGGACGUGUCCAUCGCCACCAUCUCUAACACGACGACGGUGCAGCUCCGGGCCGCCGAGACCAAGAUGGUGGACGCAAAGAAGACCUACAACAGCGUCAGCAAGAUCGACAAGAUGUCGCGGAUAGUGUUCCCCGUCCUGUUUGGAACCUUCAACCUUGUCUACUGGGCUACGUACCUGAACAGAGAACCGGUGGUGAAAGGAGUGACCUCAACGUAAUCUCCUUUCAUCUUUUUUGUUUUGUGAGGGAUUAAGUUUGCUGCGUAAUUUGCGAGUGUUCGGAUCCAAAGGAAAAGGAGUUGUUGUGAGGUGUCUGCCCCGGACUAGAAAAAAAUAAAACACAAAUAUCUGCGCUUGAAGAACAAAAACAAAACUAUACUCAACUAUCUAAGUCAAGCACUUUGAGUGGACCCUUUUGUCGACAAGAGGGCGGCUCUUUUUGCUUCUUUCUCAUCCAUCCUGCUGCAGUUUGCAUGACGCUCUCCUCAAAAGAAAACCACAGACUUUGUCUUGAAUAGCGACCAUGUAUGUGUCCGUCUCUGCUUUAAGUGUGGUAGCGCGCUUCAUUGCCACUCCCUUAAAUGAAAGCAAACAGAGGCUUUUUUUCGUUUUUGCAAUUUUUCCUAGAUUUAAACUAUUCUUAUCACGAGGGCUUGCAAGCCACUGGACUUAUGCUAUUGAGACACUUUGCAUUAUAGAAUCCUUUUCAGCAGUUGCUUUAGAAAAUGUACUUAAUUCCACUGUGGAAGAAGCAUCUCUUGAGAUUAUUGCUUCAAGCGCAUUAAUUAUUCAGUUUUGUAUCCCUUCGAAACAAACAAAAACACUCUUUUGCGCAUCCUAUUGCGAACUAUGUCGAGUUUUUCUUUGUCCGUCUUAACUUGAAGAUUCGACGCCUUUUCCUUCAAGCCUGGUUACCCCGAAAGCAUCGGCAUUGCCAGCCUCGGUGGUAAAUGCCGAAAACAUUGAGUGCUACCUGAAGGUGGAAAGAAAUUCUUACAAUUGCAGGGUUUUUUUAAAGGAAGAGACUAUUCAUCAUUUAAAAAAUAUAUAAAAGUUAUCAUAUAGGUGCAGCUUACCUACAAUCUAAAGAAAAAAAACUGCCCCUUCCCACUUGGGCGACCGGUCAGCUGUGGUCGGAGUGUUCAGGACAGAUUUAGGAUUGGAUACCUGUGGUUUCACUGAAUUUUGAGAAUCACUCAUCUAGGAAACUAAUAUGAACAGUUGAGAGACCAGUGCUGUGUCACAUCAUCAGAGUGAGAGCUUGGAGAGCGUUGCUGAGGCUGCGAAAACCCUUAGGCAAGCGUCCCUCUUGCUUCUAGUUGGGGCGAAACCGUCAAACUGAGAGUCUGACUGCCGUCUGGGAUCAUCCGUGGCACAAAGUCUUUACAACUUACGUGGGGCAAAUUUACUGAUAAAUUCCGGCUUAGUUAAAUAUUUUCAAACUAGAAAAUACAACUGUCCAAUCUCCAUCCCCAACAGCGGAAGACUCGCAACCGCUAGCUGACCGAGCUCAAAAUGUUUCAAACGAUUUGGAUCUUGUAAGGGAAUCAUGUCAAUAACUAAAAAAAAAGACACUCCUGUGUUUAGUUUUACGCCCUCUAGAGAAAAAAACGUCUAAUGUCACGUUUCCAUCCGAUGUGUUUUGCUCUAUUUGCGUACUCACGUUUUUUCCUUCUUCUUGCUCGUUAAAAAACGUGACGUGGGGCUUUGAAUCUCUGCAUCUAUUUUUUUCUCCUUGUCUCUUUCUACCUUGACUAAACUGGAUGGCAAUGAGGACCCGUUGUGGCGUUUUGGCCGGAGCUCGCCAACAGCGCCGCCCGUGUGACUUGUUGGACCAUGGUGAGACAUACUCAGGAACAAAACGCACCCACGGUCGCAGCAGAAGAGUUGCCGCAGAGUCACUGUUUCUUUGAUCUUGCGCAUAUAAAUAGUGCAGUUGGGAAUCUCGUCAAUGAAUCAAAUAAAGGUGACACCCGCUGCCACUGCACACGCUUCGCUUUGUGAAAACCGGGACUUCCGGGAAAAUGUCAGCUUCAAAAUUCUCUCUUCGUUUUGAAUGUUUGCGCCAUUAUUUCCUGCAGCGUUCUUGUGUGGUUUGGGUUGAUGUUGAAUCUGCAUCUACCUUCUGUACGUCACGGCUCAGCAGCAGUGACAAAGGAAGUCCAAUGGAGUGCAGUGGGAAAAGACAUCCAUGCAUUUGUCUGUGAGGGUGAUCGCCAUGGCAGCCAGUCCAGAUGAACAGACCCCCCUCCCGGUAAAGACCUCCAAACUCUGUAUCUGUUCCUCUACAGACGGCCUGACAGUCCGUCUGCCCUCCACUAAAACAUCCCAUUCGCCUUAGCUGGGGAGCGUAUCUGUGCCGCCAGGCCUCAACGUUACCCAGCUCAAUAUCCUCUUAAUAUGGCUCAUUAAGAGAUCUUUCAAAUGUCUCAGCAACAGGGUCUCCACACAGCAGCGUGACGGUAGACCAGUGGUUGGCAAACAGUGGCCCCUGAGCCCAAAUCUGUCCCUCAAACAAAACUUUGCCCCCUGACAAAAGUUGAAGCUUAACUUUUAAUAGUUAACAAAACUUUGACUUUAUUUUUCAGUAAUGACUACUGCUCUGUCCGUUAAUCUUCCUUUCUACUGAUGGAAUGAGUGUCCCCAUCCAUCCGUCCAUUUAACCAACCACUCUGUUCUCUACUGCCAGCCAAGAAACGAUUGCCCACCCCUCCCCCCUUCCUUCAUUCACUGUGACAGACUCAUCUGCCAUACAUCUGUUAGAAAAGGGAUUUAGCUCCGCUUAAGUUACUUUCACCCAUUCAAGGGGAGGGGGGGGGAGGGGGGGGGUUCACGGCAAAGCGCUUCACUCCAAUUUAAGCCGUGGCCGGACCAGCCGAUGACAAAUGCUUGUUUUUCUUCUCGGUAGUGUCUGGACAGCUGUGGCUGCUGCGUGUUGGGGACGAAUUUAGGAUUGAUAGAUGUGCUUUAGCCAGAGCUGGCUGCCAGGCGCGUGAGGCCGACUGGUGGUUUGAACUCGGCCCUUCGGACCGGGGAAUGUAACGCGCACGCAGCGGUCGUCUUAGAGAGCCUUUACCAGUCGUCCAUGCCCGUAAGGCUCCAGGAGGCCACCGAACGUGGAUGUAGUUACUCUUGCUUUUCAGAAUCAAUGAAAAACGUAGUUUUUAUUUUUUUAGGAGGAAACAUUCAACGAAGAUAUUUGCACUUUUUGCAAAGGAAAACGCAGAAAAGCCAUUGUACCUAGCAGAGCUUAAUGUAUUAGUGUUAUUCACCCCUUGUUUUAUGUACUGUGUAUGUUUUAUGUAUUAUACUUAAAAUUACUGAAUAAAAAGGAAGAACAAACAUGGCAUUCCUUA